AUGAAGAAGAACCAGGGCAGCUACCAAAUCACCGCAGCUUCACCGCCAGAACCGGCGGCCAAGAGCCCAGAGGUGAAACAGGAGCCAAAUGCCACACAGGCGGCGAUCUCCGGCGAAGUCACCACCAUGAUCCAGACCAUGAAGGAGUUGACGUCCAUGGUGGGUGUGCUCCAGCAGAAUGUGGCCGAACUCCAGGAGAAGGACAAGCCCCGGAAGGCUCGCAGCACCACAAGCUCAGCGGGCUUCGAGAAGUUGGAGAAGAUGGGGGACGACCUGUAUAUAGAGACCACGUCUCACCUCCCGGAACGCAAGGACGACCACUUGCGACAACAGGGAGAUAGGAUCAUCCCGGAUGCAUGGACAGCUCUCACGAAACGGGACCACGAACUUUUCCUUUUGGAGCUGGCCUGCUCUGAACAUUCUGUACUGUCGCAGGAAGCUGAAAAACAGGGUCUCAAAGCGGAACGACUCUCGUGGUGGAACGGAUGUGAUCUCACUACGAGUGAAGGGGUUCGGAAAGCCGUGAAAACGAUAGAGGAGAAACGAAUGAUGAGGACGGGCGACUGA